UGAUCAGUAUCUUGCCAGUCUCGAGAUAGGUUUAUAAACUUACACCCUUAACAAACUCAACUAUACCAUGCUAAUCCCGUUUUGGUUACUUUCCUUAGCUUAUGCUCAUGAGUCGCCUAUGAGAGUCCAUCAUCCAAGUUCCGCACCGCCUCAAUUCUGACAACAACUCUAUCGUCCUCAAUCAAUUUCACUUGCUCUCACGUCUCCAAGCCCUUAUAGAAGUACUCAAGGCGAAUACAAAGAUGACGCGCCAAAGCCCAUCGGAGAUUCUCUCCACCAAUCCUCUAGACCUAACCCCGUACGAAUCCCUGUACAAACAUUUCCACGCACACCCAGAACUCUCCAAACGAGAAAAGGCCACCUCAGAAACAGCAGCCGCGCACCUCGGCCAAUGGAACGCCUACGAGAUCCACACCCAAAUCGGGGGCCAUGGAUUCGCCGGCGUCCUACGCAACGGGCCAGGCAAGACCGUCCUUCUGCGGGCGGACAUGGACGCCCUCCCCGUCAAAGAGAUCACUGACCUGCCCUACGCCAGCACCAUCAGGAUGCAGGACGCCGCUGGAGUGGAGAAGCCGGCCAUGCACGCCUGCGGCCACGACAUGCACAUUACGUGUCUGCUGGCCGCGGCCGAGCAGCUGUACCGGAUCCGAUCCGAGUGGACGGGCACGUUGAUUGUCGUGUUCCAGCCCGACGAGGAGCGCGGGGAGGGUGCCCGCGCCAUGGUUGACGAUGGCUUGUACGACAGGAUCCCCGUUCCGGAUUUUGUGUUCGGACAGCAUGUGAUGCGGAUGCGCGCUGGGAGUGUGGGCUCCCGGCCCGGCACCAUCAUGGCUGCGGCGGAUAGUUUGAAGAUCACGCUCUACGGGCGCGGAGGGCACGGGUCUCUGCCGCAUCAGACGGUGGAUCCCGUGCUGCUGGCAGCUAAUGUGGUGGUGAGGUUGCAGGGGAUUGUGAGUCGGGAGAUCGAUCCGAGCGAUCUGGCGGUCGUGACUGUCGGGAGCUUGCAGGCGGGCCAGGCGGAGAAUGUCAUCCCGGACACGGCAGAACUGGGCGUGGAUUUCCGAUCGGUCAGCUUGGAGACGCGAGGGAAGAUCCUCGCUGCGAUCAAGCGUAUCGUGGAGGCCGAGUGCAUGGCCAGUGGCUCGCCUCGGCCACCGGUGUUCACCCCGACCAGACAGUUUCCCCCUACCAUCAAUGAUAAGCAAGUGACGGCUGAGCUGGCGGCUUCCUUCGGGGAACACUUUGCAGACAGCUUCGACGCCGAUACGCCGCGAACGAAUGUCAGUGAGGAUUUCUCGAUCCUUGGCACUAGUCAAGGCCGUCCAUGUUCAUUCUGGUUCUUUGGUGGUAUCGAUCCAGAUGUGUGGGAUGAAGCUGAAACCAACGAUCGCCUCCACGAGAUUGCUGGCAAUCAUUCAGCCCUGUUCGCCCCGGCGAUUCAACCGACGAUGAAGACGGGUGUCGACGCGCUUUGCAUUGCAGCGUUGACCUAUCUCAGAAAGUAAUUUUCUCGUCGAUAAGAGUUAUGCUUUCAAUCCGUGUGAAAACUUUUCACCUACGUCGCCUUUUGAAAGCUCGGCCCUGGGCGACUUCGCCGAGUAAUGAAUUGACAGGCGUUGUCAGAGUCACCUUGGAUCAAUAGAUGGGUGUCAAUAACUGAGCAAAUCUUCUAUAUCAUGUAUGAAUGUCUUUAUACAUAGUCAAGAGGCUCUUGAUGGGCGAUAAGUUCAUUUAAAUGCGAAGACAAAAGAAAUAGAUUGG